AUGAUAAGAUUGUGGGACCAAUUAUUCACGCAUGGGAAUAUUGGUUCAGCGUAUGGGUCUGGGAAACCUGUGGCCCAUGCGCUCAAUAUAAGCGUCCUGCAUAAUGGCGAUGGUCCUGGAUGCUGUACAAUGCGAAUGUUCUUCAUGCUACGAAGCCGAGAUGACGAAGAGUACGACCGAAAUCUUGAUUUCAAAGACGUCCCCGCUUGCUUUAAGGCCGUAGAGGCCCAGGAUAAAUCUCAGGACAGCGUUGGGGGGGGUAGUGUCCGAGUUCGACACUCCCUUUGGAGGAAACAUGUAUACAGGGCCUUGGAGAUGCUUUUAGGGACGGCGUCCUUGAGGGAGAACUUCUGGGCGGGUAGUGGGGCUUAUAGUACGGUUGAGAUGCGAUCAUACGGCGAAGGAAUUAGCAGUGCGGAGUUCGAGUGGUCGUCGCGGAGGAGUGCGAUUUGA